GGAAAGGAGCGUUCAAGCAAAUUGCACCAUCAGCCUCACAGGAUGGCAGCCAUUGAUUUGUCCCACAGUUGUGAUCCUUCUGGGGACCCAAUCUGCCUUUACAAAGAAAAGAUACCAGCAGCAAGGAUGGUUACUGACUCUUUGAUAAAUUGUAAUCAGGACCCAGUGACAUUUGAGGAUGUGGCUAUGCACUUCACUCAAGAAGAGUGGAUUUUAUUGGAUCAAACUCAGAAAAGCCUGUACAGAGAUGUGAUGUUGGAGAACUACAAGAACCUGGAGUCAGUAGGAUACCAGUUGUCCAAACCCAGCUUGAUUUCUUGGCUGGAGGAGGAAGAGUUGAGGACAGUGCAGAGAGGAGUUCUCCGAGACUGGCGACUUAAAACCAAAGGACCAGCAAGCCAGUGGAAUAUUUGUUGGUUAAAAACAUCAGAUGGGAUACAAAUGGUAAGAUUAAGAAGGGAGAGUCCUUAUUUACCACACUCAGUCAAGAUGGGGAAUUCCAUUAUAGAAAAUCAGUAUACAAAUGAGAGAUACUUGAGAGAAGUAGCCUUCACUCAAGUGGAAGGAAUGUCAUUCUGAAUAUGGUGAAUUUUGUAUAUCCUAAUUCUAUCUUGAAACUUGUCCCUACAAGUACCAUUACCACCUGUUUUACUAAGUUUUGAGAUUUAUAAAAAAAUUUAUCCAUAUGUAUA